AAGGGAAGCACAGCAUGGGUGGGUUAGACUAUAAGGGCUUGUGUAGUGUUAGUGGUGAUGGACUUUUUGAGAGACUCGGCUGAUGAUGCUGCAGGAAAGAUAAUUUCUGUUAAUUGAGGCUGAAUUUGCUGAAGCUGCUGGGAAAAGAAGCAGAGAAACUGCUUUCAUUUUUACCACUGGAUAAAGAUUGAUUACGUCUAUACAAGAAUAAUAAGGAAAAGUGCUUGUAGAGACCGUCUUUUCUGAACACCAGUCUCAUCAACACAGUCCGCAGUUCACUGGAGAACCCAGAUUUGACAGCACUGCACAACCAUCUGAGGCCUACCUGUUUUACUUUGUGAUUUCCCCAGAUACUUCUACAACUAACCUGCUUUGUCUUACAUUUAACAAUGGAUGACAAAACACCAUCAUUUGAUCCAACAGACAUUAAAACAUUAUUCAAACAGGAACAGCCUCAAGUUUGGUGUUGUUGGUUAGGUUGGUGUUGUUGGCCAAGUUGGUGUUGUUGGCCAAGUUGGUGUUGUUGGCCAAGUUGGUGUUGUUGGCCAAGUUGGUGUUCUUGCAAACGACAGGUGACAUACAGAAUUCCAGCUCUUAUCUAUAUCAGUGAAAAUAAAACCUACCUUGCCUUCGCUGAAAAACGGAAAAAACCAUGUGACACAGAUGCAGACAAGCUUGUGAUGAGAAGAGGAUUGUGGGAGGAUGACAAGAAAAAAAUUGAGUGGGACAGUGGUCAUCUGGUGCUCUCUUCAGCUUGUCUACCAAACCACCGCAGCAUGAAUCCAUGUCCGGUCUAUGAGAGAGAAUCCAAGACCCUCUUUCUGUUUUUCAUUUGUGUUCCUGAUGGGGUCUCUGAAAAUGAUCAAAUAAAAGCAAAAAAGAACCAGGCACGACUUUGUUAUGUAACCAGUCAGGACACCUUCAAAAACUGGAGUGUUAUUACAGAACUGAAAGAUGUGAUCUGUGAAAAGGAGAAAAACUGGGCCACCUUGGCUGUUGGACCAGGACAUGGUAUUCAAAUGAAGGACAAAAGACUGAUUAUCCCAGCAUGUGUGUAUUACUUUGUUGAGCCCACAUCACAUGCAGUCACAUUUUACAGUGAUGAUAAAGGACAUACUUGGCAAGUAGGAACACAUAUGGAUUUUGAGUCUAAUGAAUGUCAGAUGGCUGAGAUCACAGAUAAAAGGGAUGAUAUCUUACUGUACUGCAAUGCUCGAAGUACAUCCGGCUACAGAGUCGAAGCUCUAAGCACCAGUAGAGGAGAAUCUUUUGAAAAAACUCAAAAAAAGCAAAAGCUGAUAGAGACCGGUAAGGGUUGCCAAGGUAGUGUGCUGUAUAUUCCUUCCCAUGCUUUGCUCUAUUCUCAUCCAACCGAUAAAAAUGAGAGAAAGAAUCUCGGAAUCUAUGUGAAUAAAUCACCACGCGAUCCAGACCAAUGGAACCUUAAGGGCAUAAUCAAUGAUGGCCCAAGUGGAUACUCGGAUCUGGCUGAGUGUGAGAAUACAGAGUACUUUGCCUGUCUCAUGGAAUGUGGACAGGAAAAAGAAACUGAAGAGAUAGCUUGUAAAUUAUAUAAAAUCAAAGACGCUCUGGAAUCUCCAUAGCAAUGUUCAAGUUCAUACUGCAAGAACUGAUUUUUUUUUUUGCUGUUUCAUUUGUUUACUAAUGAAAAUUGCUGAAUGUUAAAAAAAUUCAAGUUAUAAAUGCAUUCAUUAAUUCAAACAGCAAAUUAUCAUAACCAAGCAAUAUGCUUUCCUUAUUAGCAUGCCAAUAAUUCUCAAAUAUUCCUUUUUAAAAACUUUAUUCCAUUCACCUGAGGUAUUCAAUAUGUAGGAAACAGUAAUCAUACUUUAAUUAGUUUAGCUUUAUUUUAUUGGUAACUUCAUAACAUUACAUACACAAUUACAUUCUCUGACUGAAACUUUU